AUGCGUUACGUCCUGGACACAGACGUCAAGUUCCGCGGACGCGAUAAAUUCGUCCGCGAACUCGACGCUUACAUCGAUUUCCGUGAGACACUGGACCAGAACACUUCACGGAGCAAGAACGGGGGCAAGACAGGAAGCAAGACCGGAGGUAAGAAGAUAUUGGACACAACAUCAGAGAACAAAACAUUGGACACAACAGAUGAGAGUAAGAAAGCACAUGAGA